AUGAAACGAGUGUUUCUCUCUGCCUCGUUGUGCUUGUCCAAGCAAAAGGCUCGACCAUCCUCUCUCCUGCUACCAACGAGCAGAAUUAUUUCAUCAUCAUCAUCAUCUAAUAUGAAUCAUCAUCCCAUCGUCAUGAUGAUUCAACAACAACAGCAAAAUUUUUCAUCGAGUCAAACCAUGAUGAUGGCAGCAACAUCUACCUCAUCAUCGGACAGCACUAAUAUUCCAGAGCCUCAACUUUUAUAUGAACGCUUCAGAAAUGUAAAGAAGCCUCUCAAAAAGAAGGUCUCCUAUGAACAGUUUGUUGAAACUGAAAACAAAAAAGUGGAGGACAUUUCCUUGACGAAUUUGAAGCUUCCUACACCACUCAAGAAGAAGAGAAGAGUUGGUAGAGGUGCUGGAUCCGGUAGAGGAAAGUAUUGCGGAAGAGGUAGAGGUGGUAUUUACUCGCGUUCUGGUAUUAAUUUACCUGUUGGAUUCGAAGGAGGACAAACACCCCUCUGGAGACGUAUUCCAAAGCAUGGUUUCCGUAAUGGUAAAUUCAAACUUGACUAUCAAGAAGUGAACUUGGAGCAAAUUCAAUAUCUCAUUGAUUCUGGACGCAUUGACAUUAGUGAUGGAAAAACAAUAACCAUGAGAACAUUGAAAGAGGCAGGUUUAAUUAAGAAUGUUAAAUAUCCUGGAAUUAAAUUGCUUUCGAAAGGAGUGGAGUUUUUCCGUUCAAAGAUUGACAUAGAAGUACCAAAAGCAUCAAAACAAGCAAUCAAAGCUAUUGAGAAUGCUGGAGGAUCCAUUCGCUGCAUUUAUUUCAACAAGAAGAGUCUUCAUGCAAUGUUGAAUUUCGAGAGAUACGUGAAAAAGAAGGGUCACUUACUCUCUGAAGAGGAGCUCAAGAAUCCAUAUAUUAUUUAUCACAAAUAUAUGGGUUUGCCCCCACCAAAGCUUUUGAAUUACUACAUGAAGGAGGAAAACAGGGGAUAUUUGGCAGAAUUUACAAAGGCUUCAAGCUUUGAAUUUUAUAACGAUGAACAAAGACAAUAA